CUCGAAAGUGGGCCUCUGGGCCUUUCGGUCAGCGUCAUCUUGACCUUUCUCAGGCUCACCAGCUGCAGUGCAACCCAGAGAGUUCACUCUCCCACCCGGUCCACUUUGUUUUUUUCACCUCCCUCUAUUCCCGUCUUGCUCUCGCUGGAUCGGACGACGGGGAAAUGAACGGCGAGAUCGCCGCCGCCAACCCGCGGUUGGCUUCCCCGGCCUCCCGAAAUAAUUCCGCGUUGCUGGGUGCCACUAUCGCCUUCUCCAACUCUUCCAAACCGUCGCCCCAUGUGGCCUCAUCACCCUCUGCCGCAGCCAGAGCCGCAGUAGCCAGCACUCUGAAUCGGUAUGCCGAACGUCGCCACGAAAUGGACUCUGAGAAUGGGCCCGAGGUGGGCUCCGUAAAGGACAAGAUUGGGCUGUUCACGGCCAACAACACCCUUUCUCCGCCGCGGGCCGUGUCAAGGGGACGAACUCCGCCGCCAUCCGUGUCGCCAGGGCAAAUCGCAGCGCGGCUCGCCGUCGAGAGAUCUCCCUCGAGGGUACAGGAAGCAACGGCCGCCGUCGCUGCAGCCAAAAUCAGUGCUGCGCGCAGCGCAAGCAGAAUGCAAUCUCAAGCAACCGAAGAACGACGAGAGCUACCCUCGCCCAUCCCCAUUCGACCCAGUCACACCGCACAAGAAAAUCCCGUGGAUACUAUGCUUCAAGAUGAUCUGGCUAUUAAGGAAUCCGAAUUGGAAACUAAACCCUACCAAAAACCUCCGUCUCUCCCACCACGCGCAGCAAGUGUCCGCGUCCCAGCGACCAGCCCCCAUCCCUCCGUCAGCUCUCGAAUGGCCACAAUUUCCCUCGAUGACAACAAGCCGAGACUCCCACCGCGGUCUACGCCCUCGAGGGCGUCCAUGCGAAACCCGGUCCUCACCGGCACCCCGCUCCUACGCCCUUCCACACCUAGCAUGGCUUCGUUAUCAGGUCUAUCUUACAAUAGCAGCUCCAGCGCGACGAACGAGCAGGCUGCCAUGGACGAGGAAGCCCUGUCCAACGCGAUUGUUGCAUCUUCUCUAGCAUCCGCACGAGCAUCUCCUGCGACGAAGCUACCCCCAACACCUCCUUCCCGGCGACGAGCACGAUCUCGAUCUAUAUUACAAUUCGCACAUUCCCCGAAGAGCGAUCUAUCACGGACGCCCAGUCCACCCAAGGGCAUGCCGAUGACGCUACGCGGCAUGCCGAAGGCCGAGGAAUCCGAAGCCCACCGCCGCCACAGGGUGAACCUGCUCCACAAACACCCCCACAAGCAUCACGAAGGGGAUCGCAAGCGAUGGAAGCGUGAAGUCACGGAGAAAGAGCGCAAGCGUUACGAGGGUGUGUGGGCAUCCAACAAGGGGCUCUUGAUUUCUUCUGACCGAGGGAAGCCUGGGCGUGGGCCGAAUGGGUCUGAGAAAGGGCCGCCCGCAUCGGAAAUGGUGUUGAACCUGGUGGUGCGAGAGAUCUGGUCCCGCAGCCGACUUCCACCCACGCAGUUGGCACAGGUGUGGGAUCUGGUGGAUAGCCAGCGGAUCGGUCUUCUGACGAAGGAAGAAUUCGUCGUUGGAAUGUGGUUGAUCGAUCAGCAGCUGAAAGGUCACAAACUGCCCGUCAAGGUGCCCGACAACGUGUGGGACAGUGUGCGGUAUGUGACGGGCAUUAAGCUUUCGUCCGUUGGGUCCAAGGGCUGAAGAACGACCGAGUUCUUGAAGAGUAUGGGUAUGAUACCUCCACUAGAAUUUGGAUAAGUACAUAUUCCUUGAUCACACACGGAUCAAUGUGGUGUGUACGAUGUGCUCGAUUAUGCAGAGUACCUUUUGACACGGAAGCCGUGAUGUCGGAUCGUCUGCUUAAGUUACUACAAUAGAUGAUAGAGAACCCUAAUGUGCAGGUCCGCAGUGGGGCUCUCGAGAUGAGCUGAUGAAUCUGACGAACCUGUUGAACGCAGGUUGGUUAUCUUUAG